GGGAGGGCGUGGCGUACGUCAUCCCUGGGCGCCGCGGGCUGGAGCCGGAAGUCAUGGAGAUAUUAAUAGAAGAUCCUGUUACCACAUGUCUUUCUCCCCCGGUGCAUGAUAUGAUCUGUAAACUUGGGUUUGAAGUCCAGGAAAAUCGCGACAUCAGCAGUAUUGUAACUCAGGACGGUGAGGUGUGCUGGAAGACCAUCACAGACUGUCUAACUUACACAGAAUCAGCCCGGGGUCUGGAUCUCGGGGGCAGCGUGCGGCUGCUGGGCCCCGUGUGUGAGGCUGUCCACUUGCACUUCCUGUCUCUGAGCAAGGCGCAGUUUGAAGUUCGAUACGCACCAUGGUUCCAGUGGACGGGGGUUCCGGAGUUAUUUCCUGAAAUAAUGGACACCUUGGAAAGUCUUGAGUCUCCUGCUGUGUCUCUGAGCUUGAUGAAACUAACGUCGUGUCUGGAACGAGCCCUGGGUGAUGUAUUUUUACUGAUCGGGAAGGAGUGCCCCUUUCUUCUAAGGGACCUGCUUGCGUCUGAGGAGCUGGCCCGAGUCUUCGGGCCGCCUGUGAUGGACGUGCUGAAAGUCUUCGUUGGCUCUCCCCGUGGGCUGAACCUCCGCAACGUCUUGUGGCACGGCUUCGCAGCCCCCCAGGAGCUCCCCCCAAAAUACUGUGCGAUGAUGGUGCUGCUGACAGCGGGGCUGGGUCAGCUCCUGCAGGGGCACCUUCGGCAGACCGGGCGCACACUAGCCCACCGCCCCUUCGUGACUCUUACAAACUUGGAGGAUCUGAUCGUUUUCCCUGAUGUCACUCACGAGGUGCUCGCUGUCCUAGAAGAAGUGAUGAGGAAGUCCGCCUUCGUACUGAAACCCAUGGUGCCGUGUUGGGAGGCUGUUCUCGUCAAGUUCAAGUCUCACAGGUUUGCCGACUGUGCCAUCCUGUUGCUGACGCAGCUGGAGGCGGGACUUAGGAAGGUCUUUGCUGCAGUUAACGCAUGCCCGGGAAGACUGCGGACCGCCGAGUCAACAGCUCUGUAUACUACCUUUGAUGAAAUAUUGGCAAAACACUUGAAUGAUGGUAAAAUCAAUCAACUUCCUCUUUUCCUUGGAGAGCCCGCAAUGGAAUUUCUCUGGGAUUUCCUGAACCAUCAGGAGGGUCCCCGUGUGAGAGACCGUUUAAGCCACGGGGAAGUCAGCUUGCCCGAGUUUCCAAGGGAGGCAGCAAACCAGCUGCUUGCCUUUUCCUUCGUGCUUUUACUGAGACUCACUGACGAAGACCUGCUGCCAGUUUUCAAGGAGAGGGCCAUGGUGAGAUCGCUGAUGGGUCUCGCAGAGGGCUACGUUGCUCGCUGCCAUCCAGCAUCUCGGCUUAAAAAACAGGUUCUGAGCUGUGAGGAGAGCCUCAGGGCUUGGCCUCUUCUGCCUCUGCCCGAAGGAGCCGGAGGGGAAGCUGCCCAGUUGGAAAGUAAUUCUGAAACAAAUGACUGCGAGUCUUUAAUCACAGACAUCAUGGCCGAGCUGUGUCACCACCUCCCUGUGAAGCUCUGCGUCCCCCCUGACUUGGACAGCCCUCCUGGGAGGUGGCCCCAGCUGCUCCGCGAACUCUGCGGCAUCCCUGUCCCAACACUGUUCUGCCCCAGAACCGUCCUGGAGGUGCUCACCGUCUUCCGGAAGAUCAGUGCCUGCUGCUGCCGCGUGUCUGGCCAGGUCACCGCCUCUUGGGAGCGGAGGCACCAGCAGUGGGUGGACCGGAGCCUCCGCUCGCGGCAGAGGCGGAACUACCUGCGUAUGGCGAGCAGUGUUAAGGUUCUGUCUCCUGUGCUCUACCUGAUUUUAUUGCUGAUCGCUCUGGAAUUGGUCAACAUUCACACAAUUGGUGGGAAGAAUACUUCAGAGCAUCAGCAGUAUCUGAGGUUCUUGAAGUCCGUCUUGCAGUACACGGAGAACCUGGCGGCUGCCACCAGCCAAGACCAGAACAAGUGGGAUGAAGCUGUCAGUCUUACACACGCGGCCUUGUUGAAAAUGUGGACUUUUAGUGAGAAGAAACAAAUGCUAAUACAUUUAGCCAAGAAACCCACAAGUAAAGUGAUCCAGUGAGUCAGGACACUUUGGGCUCUCUCAGGGAACCUGACUUGAGUGGACUUGACAGCAUGUGGGUUGAAGAUCCAAAGGGAGGGUAGCGUCCAGGUUCUGUUUGAUGAGGGCGCAUGGUCCGUUGCUCUGCAGUUCCCGACUUGCUUUCCCUGAGUGGUUGGUGUGGCCCUCAGGCUGGCUCCCUCGUGGUAACCAGUGGUCGCAGUGGCUUCAGGCCUCAGCUCCCCGAGCACACCAUCCAGAGAGGAGAGGUUCUUUUCACCUGUUACCCAGAAAUGGGCGGCUUCAUCUUACUGGCCACAGGCCUAAUCCUGAAAUGUGGCUGUGGCCAGGACCCAGCUCUGUGCUCACGGGUUGGGCUGGGAGGACAUCUCCUCCUGGACUGGCUGCCGGGGCCUGCAGGGAGGCCAUGGGCCCGUCAGUGCCUCAUCCCUGGCGCUGAGGUUCUCACAGGGGAGAACCGAGCAGCAGCAGCUCCUGGAAGGUGCCGGGCAGCGUGCGGCGGGGAAGCAGGAGCCUCGCAGGUCUCCAGCGUCUGGGGUUGGCAGGUUCAGGACGGGAGCUGGGUGGGCUGGGGAGUGAGGGCCAGGGCUGUGGCCACUCCAGGCAAGCACCGCGGUUCUCUGACGUUCAGGAAGCUUCUCGUCUGCUGUGUUGGAGCAGCAAGGCCGCUGGUUCUCAAGAAACCCCUUGCAAGGCUGUCCUGCCCCAGGUCUGGGUGCACUGGCCGCGCCCACCCUCUGUGAGGACGGCCCCUCCCACACCUCGCAGGGGGGUCUGGGCCCAGGAUGGAGCCCCCGCAGGGGCGGUGACACGGGGAGACAGCAGACUCUGGGUCUGGCAGUGCCUCUGUCGACUCAACACCCCUCCCCUUUUAAACCGAA